AACAGAAGAGGAAAUAUCAUCUUUGGAUAUAUUUUUUAAAACAGAACAACUAGCUAGCUGUGAACUGCUACCUGCUACCUGCCACUGUUACCAACAUUCCAAAGGAGAAACUGCACUUAGAAAGCUAACAGAAGAGUUAUUUUGUGAAGAUAAGAAGAAGAAAUGAAGGGGUCCUUGUUGGUGGUAUUCUCUCUCUCUGUCUGCAUUUACAGCAGCCUCUCCUAGUUCCAACUAUGUAGUGUCUUUGUCCAUGUCUACGUCUUCAUCUGUGUCAUCGUGUGGAGUGCAAAGUCGUGUUUGGAUUGACUACAGAACAGUUUAUUUAGAGGGAAGUCCAACAUUUUACUUGUGGGUCCAACAACUCCUAGAGGUGUAGUCCACAUCGAUGAAGUAGAAGGCCAUGUAAGAGGGCAGAAUGAGACCUACACACUGUUGGGGAAAAAUCCAAACCGGAUCAGCUGUGCGAAGGUGAGACCUUUAACAGAGCUCCUGAGAUGUUUUCAGCUCACCUGCUUGGUCUAUCUGCCACCUGCUGCAGAGAAAACUACACAUCACCUAGAACAGGAAGAAGAAGAAGAAGAAGAAGUGUUUGGUCUCAUAUGACUGGACGGCAGAAUGGAGCAAACAUCUCUUCAGUGGCUGCUCUGUCUGACCACAAUGCUCUUCUGCAGACACACUCAAGCUGGUCUGACUGUGAGUCCCAGCAGCUCCCAGUUUUUCCAAUGGAUGUCCAUCUCUCUGAGCUGUGAAGAGGAUGACAGCUCUGCUGGAUGGACGCUGAAGAGGAACACAACCAAAGACACCCGGACAGAGUGUGGCAUCUGGGGAGAACCAGCUGGUUCCUCCUGCAACAUCGGCUACAUCAUCACGUGGGACAGUGGAGUUUACUGGUGUGAGUCCGGAGAGGGAGCAACCAGUAACAGCAUCAGCAUCACUGUCACUGAUGGAUCAGUGAUCCUGCAGAGUCCCGUUCUCCCUGUGAUGGAGGGAGAUGAUGUCACUCUGCACUGUAAAACAAAGACCUCUGACCUCCCAGCUGAUUUCUAUAAAGAUGGCUCCCUCAUCAGGACUGAGCCUAAAGGUCACAUGACCAUCCACCAUGUUUCUAAGUCUGAUGAAGGCCUCUACAAGUGUCACAACAGCAGUCAUGGAGAGUCUCCACCCAGCUGGAUCACUGUCGCAGGUAAACCUGCAACCAUAGCCACGACCCCUGUUUCAACAACCCCACCCCCUGUUUCAGCAGCCCCACCCCUUGUGUUCAGACUGGUCUGCCACCUCGUGGUGUUCUGUCCAUACUUCAUCUCCACUCUCCUCAUGGUGUCUUUGUAUAGACACAGGCCCACAGGAAACGACCUACCUGUCUCCAUGGCAAUGCCCCUGCCCACCCAAGCUGAGCAGGGAUUGGCUGAUGAUGAUGACAUCAUCACCUCUGUCACCACAGAGCAUCAUUUCUGAAUUGGACCGAUGUGCUGUUGUUCUGAAGUGAAGCUAAAAUGAAAAACAACAGAGGAGCCGAAACAUGUCCCUGUGGAACGCCACAUGUUCUAGUUUGACUUGUACAUCCACCAUGUUGAACUUCAUCUCAGACUUCAGCAGCAGCAACAGUCUCACUUUAAACUCUUGUAUUCUGAUCACGUGAACAGCUGCGUUUGAGCAGUUAUCAGGAUUAACAGAGUCAGGUUUAGUGAAGCCUGAUAACUCAGAGAAGACCGACUUAGCUUAACUUGUUUGGUAAUAAUACAGACUCAUGGACAAAUGUCACGUACAGAGCAGUUGACAUGUUUGUUUCCAUUCUGCUGUGAGUCGUGUUAUUGUUCAUGUUUGUUUGGUUCAGAUGUCGUAGAGGAAUCUCAGCCGUACAAAUAAAAAUAAAGAU